CUAGAUUGUAACUAAUGAAUCAAUUUUGCCCAUCACUGGUGGUGAUGAUGAUGAUGCCUUCAGACAAUGGUGUAGGUUUGGUUUGAAAAGUGUUGGGGCGACCUAAAUAUGGCAAAAUUGGUCCAGGUAUCCUGUUCUGCUUCAUGUUUGUGGAAAAAGUGAUGGGGGAAUGUUUAGAUUCAUCCCGAGAGUGGAUGAACCUAGUGAAAGUGGACAAUGCACACGUCAUUCACUGUCUACACCAAAAGCUACGUCCAUGCAUUCAGCUGUUGAUUUCACACAAAUGUAGCUAAACCUCAACCACUUAUUGCCUUCCUCAAAAUCAUUCUGCAAGAAAACAGAAUCCAUGACUGUCCAUUCAUAUUUUUACUCAUGCACCGACCCCAAGUCUACGGGUUGUACGUAUUGAGGCCAAAAACAUACAGAUUCUUCAAGGACUCUACAGAUUCUUCAAGGACAUUGCUUUCAUGUAAAAAAAAAUAUAUAUAUAUAUUACUCAUGUAAAUGUCUGUGAAUGAGCUUGUGUGUGUGAGUGCAAAGUUGAGAAAACAUUUGAGGUGUGACUGAACCCCCUCGCUGUGACGGGGAUCACGUGCAGAUCUGUCCUGCCAACUAGGAACUGGCCUCGAAAUCUGCCAGCCACCUGCUGCCGAUGCUUCUGGGAAUGCACAGUAGUGCUACUCAUAAACAAACAGGUGCUUGCAGAGGCAUCCAUCACUAAGAAUGCAAAUCAUUGAUGAGUAGUAAACACAGAUGUAUGUAUAGAUAUAUACAGAUAUGUGUUAUAUAAGAGUCAGAAUGAGAUACUGUAAUGCAAGGCAAGUUUGUUUGUAUGACGCAUUUCAUACACUGAGCAUUCUACCUGUAUAUACAGCCUGGAAAUAGUGGGAGUGUGCAUCUAUGAUGAUUGUUACUAAUUACAAUUGAACAAUGCAAAUUUUACUUCAUUUGUUUUUAUUAAUGCAAUAGAAUCUACAUUCACAGGAAAUGUGACAUGCAGUACCUCUUUAUAUUGCACUACUAAUACAAGGGAACGGAUAUGACAACGUGCAGUAAGAUAUGGCCCACUGACUUUGUCAGCGUUUGUUGUGGUGCCGUGCGGUCUGUCGGUGCAGUACAGCUCUGGCUUGCUCUGCUGUCACAAGUCCUUCUGUGUUACUCGGCUGAUGUCAAAUAAAUAAUCGUGUUUCACACCUUAAUCCUGUUAGAGGCCUCUUUGCUCACCUUAAUCCACACAGUCCAUCACAGCUCCUCCAAGCCUGCGUUAGUCCGACCAGCAUGCUACAACUCUGCUGAUGCAAGGUAAAUACUCCUCCCUUCAAACCUACUCUAGCUCUGUUUAUCAGCUCUGUUUUGCAUUUAGAAUUGUACUUGGAAUGGUUUUAAAAUAAUAACACUAGAGUGUGAUGGGUUAAUAUGAAUGGAUAGCAUUCAUUGCAUUGCUCUUCCCUUCCCUUCCCUCCCAUUCCCUUUCCUUCCCUGCUUUCCCCCUUGCUCUUGUUUCAAUCCCCUUUUGAUCAGGUUGGAUUCAAGCAGAAUUUAUUGUGAAGUUUCUGGGUAAGGAUUUUGGGACAGAGCCGCAGGAACAAAAACAGGUCUUAUGUGCUGUCUUGUUUUGGCCCGUCACACAGAAGCUGAGAGUAAAAAGGGCUUCGGGGCCUCAAGUGGCGGCCUGUUGUUGUUCUCUGGACAUAUGGGCUGCAGCACUCCACACGAUCAUAUGAAACAGAUAGAGAGAGAUAGAAGAAGAGAUGGAGGCAAGCGAAGCAAGGGACAGAGGGGCUGAGAUUGAAAAUAUCAGUGAAAUCAGGAUGUUUAACUGGGUGGUGAGAGUGGUUCCACAGCCUCCUGAGGAGGGAAAGGAAAUCAUAACUGACAAUGGGAAUGACAAGAAUAACUCCCUGAAAAACCACAAUGGUCCAAUCAAUGGUCCAAUCAAGGACCACCCCCUGAAAAACCACAAUGAUCCAGAAUUGAAUUCCAUUACCAGUAUCACCUCCAAUGGGGUCCUGACCUGGCUGUCCAAUGGCUUUGUCAGUGCACUCCCUCAGCCUCCCAACUCUGAGACCAAGAUAAUUAUUGCUGAGGAUGAGUCGAGGGGUAUGAUCGGAUGGAUCUCCCAAGGACUGGGAAAAGUUGUACCACAGCCAGACGACAAGUACAAGGAGGAGUUGAAGGAACUUGAAGUUGAGGAGGAGGACUUAAAGGAAACUGUAACUGAGGUCUAUGAAGAGAAAGACCUUCCAGAUGCUGAGCCACUGCCACACAUUCCCGUGGUGGAGCUGUUCUCAGACGAUGAGUCUGAGAUUGACAAUCUGCAGCCUCAGUUUCCUCCCAAAGUGAUUGACUGGUUAAAGAACAGUGUUGAGAAUGCCAUCCCUCAGCACCGUCCCGGCAUCACUUCGGGUUCGGAACCUACCUCCCGAAGGGCGACUCCGUGCUCUGAAAAAGUUUAUUCUCCACCUCCUGAGUCCAUCACCAGUGUCAAUGAGGACGACGCAAAGAACUUAAACGUGGUGGACUGGAUAAUGAAUGGCCUGGGUCGCAUGAUGCCUCAGCCGGUGCUGAAAGGGGAUGGCCUGGGCAAUGCGGACAUGAUAAUCAAUCAAACUUGGCCUCCUCCACUUCCACUUCCACCUCCAGUUGAGAUGGACGAGCCGAACAUCCCUCCAGAGGAGCCAGAGGAACCAGAGGAACCAGAGGAACUAGAGGAUCUACCUCCUCCUCCCGAGAGUCCAGUCCCGGUGGUUGAAGGCUACUGCACCGAUGGAGGUUGCACCCCUCCACAGCCUGAGAAGGUAGCUUCUCCAAACGGUAACAUACAGAUGGAUGAUGCCUCCUCCAGAGCCUCAAGCCGUCUGCAGUCUGGGGUGCAAACUCCUGCAGCCGCCAUAUCUAGAACUUGCAGCCCUGCACAGUCUGAACAAGGAGCUACUCCAGAGUGUAGUGUUCAGAUAGUUCAAACAUUCAGCUCACCAGCUCGUAGUCAUCCACAGUCAGAGGGGCUAACUCCUACAGACAGUCCUGUUAGAAUGGUUGAAUCCCCCUCUUCCAGGCGUUCCAGCGUUCAGAUCGAAAACCUCACACUCACAGGUGGCAGCCCCUCACAGUCUAGACAGGUAACACCUACACAGAGCCCAGUCUCCUCAAUUGGGAGUCGAGGGGGUUCAAGCCGGUCACAGUCUAAGGAGGUUAUUUCUAUAGGUUCGAGUCGGUCAGCGUCUAAGGAAGCAAUUUCUAGAGGUUCGAGUCGGUCAGCGUCUAAGGAAGCAAUUUCUAGAGGUUCGAGUCGGUCAGCGUCUAAGGAGACCAUUUCUCGAGGUUCGAGUCGGUCAGCAUCUAAGGAGGCAAUUUCUCGAGGUUCGAGUAGAGAGCUAAAUUCUCCAGAGGGUUCAGUUCAGACAGUUCAGGUCUCCCCGGCUGGGAGUAGUCUGCACUCUGUGCAAGCAAGCCCCACAGUGAGUCCACUUCACUCAACGUCCAGUGUGUCCAGCUCAAGGGGUUCGAGCCAGUCUCCAUCUAAAGCCUCAGACAGUACAGCCCAGAUAGUUCAUGUCUCUCCGGCUGUGAGUCGUCUGCAGUCCGUGGAAGCAACUCCCACGGCGAGUCCAGUUCAUCUUGUUGAAACCCCCCGCUCUGGGACUUCAAGUCAUCCCCAGUCUGAGGUGCUAACUCCAGCAUCGAGUCCAGGUCGGAUGGUCGACGCCUGCGUCUCCACCCCGCACUCACCUGCCUCGCAAACACCUGCAGUGCUCCUCCGCACUCACUCAGUGAGCUCUGCGCUUUCUAUUAGCGCAGCAGUUUCAGUUGGGGCAGCCUUGUCAAGCACAGCGGAGGGCGAGGUACAGUCUCGGCUGAUGUCCACGGAUUGCCUGGAGGUCCCUGAGUACGUGACCAUCCAGAUGGAGGAUGCGGAGACACAGACAGGCAGAUGGACACCCUUCAUCGAGAGCAUCCGCAGGGAAGCAGAGCACUGCGUCUACAGCACCCUAGAGGAACGCCUGCACCUGGAGCGCGUGCAGACGGCCCAGAUGGCGGAGGAGGUGGCCAGACAGGCGGCGGAGAUGACCAUCCGACAGCUGGCCGAGGCCCAGAUGAUGAGGCUGGCCAUGCCCACCUGUGUCCAGGCCAAGGACAGCGAGGACGAGCUGGAGCCGGAGUCCAAGGAAGUGUGCUAUGUUCCUACAUUUGGUGGAAGUUUGGAGGUGGAAGAGGGAGAAGCACUCACGCCAGCAUCUAAGCUCUCCACGCCACAGUCUCCACGAGAACAGCUCAAGCCAAGCAGAGAGUCAACACCUGCGAGCACGCCAAAGCAUAAGCACGACCUAGACCCAGAAUACGGGUCGCCCUGUGUGGAGGAGAGGAGGAGCGCGGAGAGGGCGGAGAGCCCCAUUACUGUCAUUGCUGAUCAGCCAAAGACCGUCAGGUUCGCCGACACCCACGAGGAAAUUGAAGAGGAGGAAUUUCCACCACCACCGGAGGAAGAAACCGCCCUGUGCAGCACCUUGAGGACCUGCAUGAUCCGGAUCCCUUACGUGUCCCAGUUCAUAUUGCGGACCGAGGAGCUUAUGCAGCAGUACAACAUCCCCAUCCCCUCGGUGCCCUCCGUUCCCCCUGCCGUACACGAGCUGUACCAGCGGCUGGUUGUCCAGUACCCUCUUCUCCAGGAGGUCAGCGUGCAGGCCCGGCACCUCUGCAAUCGACUCUCCGUGCACCUCCAGGACCUUUUGGAGAAACUACCCGAGAGGCUGCAGACGUACACCCAGGCAGGAGCGGCUGGGCAUCCAGGCGCAAACCAGGGAAGGAGCCAGGGGGAGAGGCAGGAGGAGAGCCAGGGGGAGAGCCAGGGGGUUACCCAGGAGGAGAUCCAGGGGCUUACCCAGGGGGAGGACCAGGAGGGGAACCAGGCGGGGAGCCCGCGCAGAGCCCAGGGGCGAACCCAGCGGGGCCCUCAGGGGGGGACACUGGCUGAGCAGAUAACCCAGCAGGUCACCCAUCAACUCAGCCUGCUGCCACAGCGACUCAGCGUGCUGAAGCAGAGGCUGACGACCCUGACGUGCCAGGUGCGUAACGUGUUGCAGCCGCAGGUGGAGCAGCCCCAGCAGGAGCCGGGCUCUGAGGAGUCGCAGCAGCAGUCUGACGAGCAGGCGGCUCCUCCUCCGCCACCAAAGCUGACAUUGUCCCAGCACAUCUCCAACCUGCCCCAGUACAUCUCCAAUCUGCCCGAGUACAUUUCCAACCUGCCCCAGACGCUCUCCACCCUGCCCCAGACGCUCUCCAACCUGCCGCAGUUGCUCUCCAGUCUGCCGGAGCGGCCUUCACCCGGCGCCUCAGCCUCAGCCUCUACCGCCUCAGGAGCAGCAGCAGACCGUUGA